AAGAUAAGUUAAGGGCUGAAAACUAAAACAUGUAGGAAUAAGAGGACUGUUUGGUAAACGUUUUAACGUUUAAAGUCUUGCCUUUUGAUAUCAGAUUUUUCUCAGGUUCCCACGCGCCGCCGCGAAACAGCUAGACGGAGAAAUCCAAAAUUCGGCGAAGGUUUGAGAAGAGAGAAAUCUGAGAGAUGCAAGGAGUGUGGAGCCAACUAUGGAGGAAAUAUGCUGAUUAUAAGUACAAUAAGUUCGAGAGAUUUGCUGUUUGGGAAAUGAUCGAACCUUACCGUCGACCAAAAACCUUCACAACUUUGAUUACUAUCUAUGUCGCCGCCUUUUACACCGGCGUCAUCGGCGCUGCAGUUACAGAGCAGCUCUACAAGGAGAAGUUUUGGGAAGAGCACCCAGGGAAAACAGUGCCUCUGAUGAAGCCAGUAUUCUAUCGAGGACCAUGGAGAGUUUAUCGUGGUGAGGCUAUUGCUUCAGAUGCUAGCAGCCAGUGAAGCUAACGAUUAGGCUAUCAGAGACUAUGGUGAAGGAUGUAUCUCCGACUUUGAUACGCAGAUAUAAAUGGAUUUAUACUGGUUCACUAGUAUAUGUAUAUCAAAAAACUUCUUUUGGUUCAGUAGAAUGUUUGUGUCUGUAUUUCGAGUCUAAUGACUCUCUUAAGAAUCUAUUUUCUAGAAAUUACAUGUAAUGACAGUCUCGUUAUAGUAUAAGGAUUUGAUUUGAGAAGUUUAAGGGUAUCCAUUCAUUCCUUUGAAUAUCUCUGCUUGUAUCUGCCUCUCUUCUGGUGUCCUGAAAUAAAACAUUCCCA